AUGAUUUGUGCUAGAAAUACUUAUGUUCAUAUACUUUCAAAAUCACUAGUGAAAAGUGAAUGGCAAGAUAAAGAUGAACUUCUCGAUGUUAUAUAUUGGGGAAGACAGGUUCUUGGUUUAGCCAUCGGUAUCAUUUGGGGUGCAAUACCUCUACAUGGGCUUUUUGCCAUAGUUUUGUAUGUAGUGAUUACCACUGUGGCUGGUCAAUUUUACGUUUCUAGUUUUCAAAAGGUGGAUGAAGACUCGUUAGGUGGCUUCUGGGAAAUUGCUAAGGAAGGAUUUGGUGCUGCGUUUGCGACGUUUAUGGUUGCUUGGAUCACUGUUUAUUCUGCAGCACAUCAUUCUUGA